GGGUGAAGGGGAGGAGGAGGAAGAGGGUUUCCAUGGCCGCACUUCUACUCAAUACACCGCCUUCCUCCCUCUCCCUCCUCGGCUUCGCCAGCCUCCGCUCCUCCUCCUCAUCCUGCCGCCGUCCUCUCCUCCGCCUCGCCUCCCCUCCCAUUCUCUGUCGAUACCGUGUCCGAGCCCUUGAAUCCUCCUCUGCCGCCUCCAAGACCGAAGGCGACAACGAGGAGGCGGCGUCAAAGAAUGGGGAGGGUUUCGAUUCAGAUGGAGCCGUGGCAGAGAAGACAAACGGCGCAGUCGGGGAGGCGGAGGGCAGGGAGUUCCCCGUGGAAGAGGAGUUCGAGAUGGAGGAGUUCGAUUGGUGGCGGCUCUUCGUGGUGAAGACGAGGAUGCUCUUCGCGCUUCCCUGGGAGCGCGUCAAGAAAGGGAGUGUCCUCUCCAUGAAACUUCGCGGCCAGAUAUCUGAUCAGCUAAAAUCACGCUUCUCUUCUGGGUUAUCUUUACCUCAAAUUUGUGAGAAUUUCAUAAAAGCAGCAUACGAUCCUCGGGUAUCCGGAAUUUAUCUUGAAAUUGAACCAUUAAGCUGUGGAUGGGCCAAGAUUGAUGAAAUACGACGACAUAUAUUGAAUUUCAAGAAGUCAGGUAAGUUCAUUGUGAGCUACAUACCCAUAUGUGGAGAGAAAGAGUACUAUCUUGCAUCUUCCUGCGGAGAAUGCUAUGUCCCUCCUAGUGCUUAUGUUGCAUUAUAUGGUUUGACUGUUCAAUCAUCAUUCCUUGGGGGCGUGCUUGAAAAAAUAGGAAUUCAACCAGAAAUUCAGAGAAUUGGAAGAUAUAAAAGUGCUGGGGACCAAUUAUCCCAGAAAAGCAUGUCAAAGGAAGUUUGUGAGAUGCUUACAACUUUGCUUGAUAAUAUAUAUGAGAAUUGGCUAGAAACCAUUUCUUCAACUCUAGGAAAGAGAAGGGAUGAAAUUGAGGACUUCCUGAACUCGGGAGUUUACCAAGUGGAGAGGCUUAAAGAAGAAGGUUAUAUAACAAACAUAUCAUAUGAUGAUGAGGUUAAGUCAAUGCUAAAGAAAAGAUUGGGUCAAAAGGAUGAAAAGGAUCUUUUGAUGGUUGAUUAUAGGAAGUAUUCUAAAGUACGAAAAUGGACCCUUGGGUUGGAAGGAGGUAAAGAGCAAAUUGCUAUUAUUAGAGCCUCUGGAAGCAUAAGUCGCACUCGUAGCCCUUUGAGUGUCUCUGGUUCUGGCAUUGUUAGUGAGCAACUAAUUGAGAAGAUUCAGGGAGCCAGAGAAUCAAAAAGGUAUAAAGCUGUCAUUUUGCGAAUUGACAGCCCUGGUGGUGAUGCUCUUGCUUCUGACCUCAUGUGGAGGGAGAUAAGGCUUCUUGCUGCUUCUAAGCCUGUGAUUGCAACAAUGUCUGAUGUUGCUGCAAGUGGAGGCUACUACAUGGCUAUGGCUGCUGAUGCUAUUGUGGCUGAAAAGCUUACUUUGACAGGUUCUAUUGGAGUUGUCACAGGUAGGUUUAGCUUAAACAAGCUAUAUGAGAGGAUUGGCUUCAACAAGGAGAUUAUUUCACGGGGAAAAUAUGCGGAGCUCAUUGCUGCUGACCAGCGGCCUUUCCGACCAGAUGAAGCAGAACUCUUUGAAAAGUCAGCACAGAAUGCUUACCGUCUAUUUCGAGAUAAAGCAGCAUUCUCACGGUCAAUGCCUGUGGAAAGAAUGGAGGAGUUUGCUCAAGGACGGGUAUGGAGUGGAAAAGACGCUGCAUCUCGUGGAUUGGUUGAUGCAAUUGGUGGGUUCUCCCGAGCUGUUGCCAUUGCAAAACACAAGGCAAAAAUACCACAAGAGAGACAGGUUAAGCUAGUUGAGGUGUUAAAACCUUCGCCGACAUUACCUGAAAUAAUAACUGGGAUUGGAAACACUCUCCUAGGGCUGGACAAGACAGUGAAGGAAGCAUUGCUGGGUCUAAACUACUUGAAUGGAGUUCAAGCUAGAAUUGAUGGCAUUCUAUUUGAAAGUGUGUCACAUGCAUCGGAUGACAACCCCAUCUUCAUGAUCAUAAAGGAUUGUCUAAACUCACUACUGUAGAAAAGCAACUACCGUUUUUUGUUGCAUUGCUCAAGCUAUUCUACACUAAAGAAAGAUCAAAAGUUAAGAUUAGAACAUGCAGAAUGUAAUCUUCCAAGGUAAGGGACGGGAGUUUCUAAGUCUUGGUUGCAUUGCACGAUGUAUUUGUCAUAUUAUUCAUAAUCCUGCAAGUGUAUAACUAAAUCCAAAUGUAGUCUUCUUGUGUCCAUGUUUAUGUACAAGUCAAACAUUGUAUACUUAAAUACAUAACAUCAAAGGAAAUUUUUACUGAUGCA